AUGGCUUCAACAGCUUAAUCUUUAAGAUAUGAUUCUUUCUCUUCUUUAGGAAACUUUAACAAAAAUGUAUUAUCAGACGACUACACUCAUUCGAACUUCGAAACUUAUAAAUUCAAAGGUAACACAACUUAAGGUGGUAAGACGGAGUAUAAGGCAAAAAUAAUUACUUCAAAGCAAAAUGGGUAGGUAGUUUAUGAAUUAAAAGACGAAGGAAAACUAUAAUUCGUCUUUUUAGAUCGAUUCAUAAUAGAAUUAGCGUAAAGAAGAUGUGGAGAUUUGAAAUUCCAUAUAGAUUUAGGAAGUUUAAUAUUAAAAGGAAGGAACUAUAACUUUUUUUCAAAUUUAAAAACUAAUACAACUUUUGGAAAAUAUAAUUGGAGAUUCGGAACAAAUUAUUUCGACAAAAAUUUUGAAUCUAAUUCUAGAUUAAAUGUAAAUUUAGGUGGUGAGGAUUGUAAUUUAGGAUUUACACAUAGAAAUCUCAUUAGAAGAAAUAACUUUGUUUUUGCUUGGGUUUUAGGAGCUGAUUUAAUUGAUUGGAGAAAAGGACUUACAAGAUAUGAUGCUAUUGCUGGAUAUGAAAAUGGUUAAAUUGACUUAUAUUUAUAACAUAAUUCUUAAUAAUCACAUAAAUUUUAAUGUGGAAAAAUAAUUACUACUUUGAGUUAUAAUUAAAAUAACUAAACUUAAUAUAGUAUAGAAGUAGAAAAUAAUAAAAAGAAAAAUACUCUUACUGCUGGUUUUAAACAUGAUUUGGACAAAGAUAUUACUGUUAGGGGAAAAAUUAGUACUGAUUAAAAUUUGUAACUCGCUCUUAAAAGAAAUUGGAAAAAUAUAGCAGUUGCUUUUUCAUUUUAAUUUCAAUUAGGAAAUAAGUUAGUUGAUUUUAGUCGUUUUCCUCCUCUUCCUUUUGGAAUUAAAUUCGAUUUUAAAAUUUGAAGAAUUUUUAGACAUAAGAAAAAUCAAUAAUACAAUUUGACAAAAAAGUAUUUUUAAUUUUUAUUUUUAUUGAUUUUUUUUAUAAUAACAAUAAAAUUUUAACUUUUUUUUUUUAUUUAAAAAAUAAAUAUAUUUUCAUUUUUUAAAAUC